UAUAAUCUCGCCGUGGGUGAACAGUAGCACAUGGUGGGCCAAUAUUCUAUACGAGGGGGCCCAUUUCCAUUUUCACCGCACCUUCCAAUCUUCACUCCUUCCUCACAAUAAAGUGUUUGCUUCUUGCAUCGCGUCGAGAGACGGUGAGGUCGUCUGAAUCGUAAAUCGCGAAUCGCAGAGAUCAUCUUAUCCGAAAAUUAUCUUUAUUUAAAUUAAUUGCAAUUAUAAAAAAAUGGACGAGGUGAUCACUGUGACGGAUGCGGCGUCGUUGAGGAGAGCUCAAACAAAGCUGUUGUCGUCGUCGUCGCUGUUGCUCCCUAGUAAUCUCCCUCUGAUCUCCGCCUUUCUUGCCUUCGCUCUCGCUCAAUUCCUCAAGAUCUUCACCACCUGGUCCGUACUAUUUUCUCCGUUUCUUAUGCUCAGGUUUAAAGAGAAAAGAUGGGAUUCUAAAAGAAUACUAGGUUCUGGUGGAAUGCCAUCAUCACAUUCUGCAACUGUGAUGGCUCUAACGGUAGCAAUUGCUUUAGAAGAAGGGACAGGAGGUCCAGCUUUUGCUAUUGCAGUGGUAUUGGCAUGCAUUGUAAUGUAUGAUGCCUCUGGUGUCAGACUACAUGCUGGUCGGCAAGCUGAAUUGCUGAAUCAAAUUGUAUGUGAGUUUCCUCCAGAUCACCCAUUAUCUAGUGUUAGACCUCUACGCGAAUUACUUGGCCAUACUCCAGCACAGGUUGUUGCUGGUGCCUUGUUGGGGUGCAUUGUGGCAUAUCUGAUGAGAAGCAGAAAUUAGGUCAUAAAAUGGACCAAUACUAAUUCUUUUGUUGAGCCAGUUAGUAUAGCAUGUGCAGCAGCUUGGCAACAUGAUCUUAUCAUCAGAGUCAGAUGUUGUAAAACGAAAUCCGGGAUUUGAUAGCUUGUGGAAUUAUUAUGAGAGCUGGGGUGGAAGAUUAUGUUACUUCCUGGCUUAGAACUUAGAUAUGUAUAUUUGCAAAUUUUUAGUUACUUGAUCAACGUUCAUUCUGUGUUGUACUUGUGAACAUGUAUGUGAUGCAACUGUAGUGAAAGAAUCUGAAAAUUUUCCGUUAAGUUCUAA